CAGUGUCCCUGUCAGGCUCCCUUCUUUUGACCCUCUGACCGCACUCCUGUCCCUGUUCUUUUAUUAGUUGUCCUCCGAACUCAGUUGGGUUUUGAGGUUCUAUAGAUCCUCCCCUUAGGCUGAGGGGGGCAUCCUUUAGCAGUGGGUGGGCUUCCGGAACCCAAUAGGUAUGUAUGUGCUAAAUUGAAGUCAGUAGAACUAAGGCAGUUAGAGUUAUAGAUAUACUUUUAGUUUCUGCAGGACUGGGGCCUAUUUUUGGUAAUUUGAGUUUAUAUAGGCAGGUUUUAGAGGGGAAAAAUCAAAACUUUAAUUACAGCGUCACCAGAUGCUUGAUUCAUUAUGAAAUGAACAAUAAGUGAGGCAGAGGUGUGCAGGAAAAAGUAAGGAUUCUGUUUGGGAGAAGAGAUUUUCUCAGGGGCUGUCCAUAAAUUACUUAAAACAUUUUUUGGUAGCUUCAGGACCUCUCCCAUCCUUUUAUAACACUGAAACAAACAAAAUGUAAGGACCUAUCCACCACUGAAAGUGUUUUAUGAACAGUCUUAUAACACUGUAAACUUGCUGAAAUUUUGUAAGUACCCUAUUCUCCUGGGGUGAACAAGCCAGUAGGGACCUGCCCCUCUAUUUUGAUUUUUUUUUUAAAGGUGUCCACAAAUGAGAGAAGGCUGAAAACCCCUGGUAUAGCCAAAUACAUAGAUCAGUGAUUCGAAUCUCUGCCUUAGCUCAGAUGGAGCAGGUAGCCAAAGACGGGCGUUCAAAGCGAUCCAGCUAGCCCGUGUCCCUGCAGCCGACUUUGUCAGGUGGAGGCCAGAUCCAGCAGGAGAAGCCCACGGGGAGGGGAGGGGAGAGAGUUCAGCAAAUAACUUGCAGUCCCGCCUGCCCCCUCGCUCUCCCAUCCAUGCUGUGUGCAGCUGAGCUGCUGCCGCUCGCUUUCCUGGCAGGCCCUGCUGGUGCCCUGCCAUCACCCAGCAGCCGCCGCGAUGGCAGGAGGACGGGAAAGAGUCGCUCACUUGCUGAGGCAGCUACAGCGCGCAGCAUGCCAGUGUCCCACUCAUUCCCACACUUACUCUCAAGCUCCUGAACAUGCUCCUUUGAGGAGAACAGACUAUGCUUUUGAGAUGGCUGUGUCAAAUAUCAGAUAUGGAGAAGGUGUUACUAAAGAAGUAGGCAUGGACCUGCACAAUCUGGGUGCUAGAAAAGUUUGUGUGAUGACAGAUCAGAACCUCUGCCAGCUCCCUCCAGUAAAAGCAGUAUUGAAUUCCUUGACAAAAAAUGGAAUCACUUUUCAAAUGUAUGAUGAUGUCCGAGUGGAGCCAACGGAUCAGAGUUUCAUGGAUGCCAUCACAUUUGCUAAAAAGGGGGAGUUUGAUGCCUAUGUUGCUGUGGGCGGUGGUUCUGUAAUAGACACUUGUAAAGCUGCCAACCUGUAUUCAUCCAGUCCUGAAUCGGAUUUCUUAGAUUACGUCAAUGCCCCCAUUGGAAAAGGAAAGUCUGUUACUGUGCCUCUCAAGCCAUUCAUUGCAGUUCCCACGACAGCUGGAACUGGAAGUGAAACCACUGGCAUUGCCAUUUUUGAUUACAAAGAACUAAAAGUAAAAACUGGCAUUGCUUCUAGAGCCAUUAAGCCCACAUUGGGUAUGAUUGAUCCUUUGCAUACAAUCCAUAUGCCAGAGCGAGUAGUGGCCAACAGUGGAUUUGAUGUGCUUUGCCACGCACUAGAAGCGUACACUGCUCUUCCUUACAAGAUGCGCAGUCCCUGCCCUUCAAAUCCAAUCAACCGGCCUGCUUACCAAGGCAGCAACCCUAUCAGUGAUGUCUGGGCUGUCCACGCACUGCGCAUUGUGGCAGAGUAUUUGAAAAGAGCUGUCAGAAUGCCAGACGAUCAUGAAGCAAGGGCUAACAUGCAUCUAGCAAGUGCUUUUGCUGGCAUCGGCUUUGGAAAUGCUGGUGUUCAUCUUUGCCAUGGAAUGUCUUACCCUAUUUCUGGCUUGGUGAAGAGUUACAGAGCAAAGGAUUAUAACGUCGAUCAUCCUCUGGUGCCACAUGGUCUUUCUGUGGUACUCACCUCCCCCGCAGUAUUUACUUUCACAGCAGAGAUGUGCCCCGAACGGCACUUGGAGGCUGCAGAGAUACUAGGAGCUGACAUCCGCACUGCCAAAAUCAAAGAUGCUGGGCUUAUUUUGGCAGACACGCUCCGGAAAUUCUUAUUUGAUCUGAACGUUGAUGAUGGCUUAGCUGCAAUUGGUUAUUCUAAAGCAGAUAUCCCUGCUUUAGUCAAAGGCACUCUCCCUCAGGAAAGAGUGACUAAACUAUCACCUCGUCCCCAGACCGAAGAAGAGCUAUCUGCCCUGUUUGAGGCAUCCAUGAAACUUUAUUAGUUUAAAUAUAUUGCACGUUCUUUAGUAAUAAAAACUAACAUGGUCUAAACCAGUUCAGAUAAUGAA